CACGGCGCGAUUCGGACGUCUGUUUCGUUAAACACAAUUCCCGCCAUUCGUAACAAAACGAUUUACACAUCAAUCAAAGGGAACAAUGGAUACCGUGAGAAUUACAGUUGAGGCGAUGCUCCUGUGAUGACGCAAGGCCGAGAGCCAUUGACAAUUAUGGACGGCAAUCUUCAGACUGACUUUUCUACGAAGAGCAAGCGAGGUAUCUACCUCUCUAAGAGCCUCACAUUUGUCAUCCUCAUCAUAUUCGCUCUAGCACUUAUCGCUACAGCUUUCAUAGUGUAUAAUUUCGCAGCCUGUCCCAGGACUGAUCAAUUAGCAAAUGUAACAAAAUUCGAUUUAUCACAUUGUGAACAAUCAAAAUUAUUAGUGAUACCGUUAAGUACUGAAAAUAGUAAAAGUGUUUUACCAGUGGAGAGUACAACAAAACAUGUUGAAUCAACAACAAAGGGUGACGAGAACGCUGUGACUGACGUUAGGUUACCCACCAACAUAAAACCAGAUCGAUAUUAUCUUAAAUUAACACCAUAUAUAUUUGAGGGUAAUUUUACAUUCGAUGGCGAAAUCAGUGUCGUUAUAACAGUUAAAAAUAAAACGAAUACAGUCACGUUUCAUGGUGUUGAAUUGAGUUUCCAUAGAAUAGAGUUAUACAAGAAAGAAGACGGUAAGGAAGUCACGAUAACAAGACGCGCGGUCGACGUUCCGAGGCAGUUUCACAUCAUAAGUACUGCGGAAACCUUGAUAGCGGGACAACAAUACGUCUUGAAUAUCACUUACACUGGAAUAUUAAAUGAUAAUCUUCAUGGAUUCUAUAGAAGUUCGUAUGAAGAGAAGAAAGUCAAAAGAUGGAUAGCCGUAACACAGUUCCAAGUCACGGACGCCCGCCGCGCUUUCCCCUGCUGGGACGAGCCCGCAUUGAAGGCUAAAUUUACAAUCAGCAUCGCCCGGCCCAGCGGCAUGACUUCAGUUUCAAAUAUGAAUAUUAUUGCAAAAGAACCUCAUGCUAUAUUAAAGGAUUACGUCUGGGAUCAUUAUGCGGAAUCUUUACCGAUGUCGACGUAUCUCGUCGCUUUCGCUGUUACCGAUUUUGCUAACAUGAGUGACAAUAACUUUUCGGUGUGGGCGAGAAAGGAGGCGCUGCCAUCAGCCGCGUACGCGCUGGCUAUAGGCCCGAAAAUACUGACAUUCUUAGAAGAAUAUUACAAAAUAAAGUUCCCAUUACCAAAGAUUGACAUGAUUGCAUUACCGGAUUUCAAAGCUGGAGCUAUGGAGAAUUGGGGAUUACUCACGUUUAGAGAGAUAGCCAUGCUAUAUGAUAAUGGUGUAUCUCCAACCACAGCGAAGGCACGUGUAGCGGCAGUGGUUGCCCAUGAAAUCGCCCAUCAGUGGUUCGGCAACCUGGUCACACCCGCAUGGUGGUCGGACAUAUGGCUCAACGAAGGGUUUGCGAGUUACGUUGAAUAUGUCGCUGUUGAUGCUGUUGAAAAAAGUUGGAAGUUAAUGGAAAUUUUUAUACUUAACGAAGUUCAAAGCGUUUUUAAGUUAGACGCUUUGACAUCGUCUCAUCAAAUAUCCGUUGAAGUUGGAAAUCCUGAAGAAAUCGGAGCUAUAUUCGACAAAAUUUCUUAUGGAAAAGGUUCAGCAAUACUUCGAAUGAUGAAUCAUUUUUUAACUGAUGAUGUAUUCAAUGCUGGCAUAACUGACUAUUUGAAUGCCAAGAAGUUCGGUGAUGCAGAACAACGUGAUUUAUGGAGUGCUCUUACUAAUGCUGCAAGAGAGAAAAACGCCUUUGAUGCUGAUGUUGGAGUCGUAAUGGAUUCUUGGACUUUGCAGACUGGUUUUCCCGUGCUAACAAUAACUAGAGAUUAUAAAAGUGGAUCGAUUACAUUUCGACAGGAAAGAUUUGUCCUAAUAAAUGACACAUUGGACGAACACAAUUCAUCAGUUUGGUGGAUCCCUAUAUCUUAUACUACAGCUUCUGAAAAAGACUUCGAAUCAACCCGUCCCAAGCUGUGGCUUAGGGGUGAAAGGUCUAUAGUGGUUGAUAAUAUACCUGUCAGCGAAAACGAUUGGCUUAUAGCUAACAUUCAGCAAACAGGCUUUUACCGCAUAAACUACGACCAGAAAAAUUGGCAAAUGCUGAUAAAAGUUCUAAACAGUCCAUCUCGCUUUGAAGAGAUACAUCCAAUCAAUAGAGCUCAAAUAAUCGACGACGCUAUGAACCUCGCUCUUUCUGGGCGUCUCGAUUACAAAACAGCUUUGGAUAUUUCGAGUUACUUGUUUCAUGAGAGAAGCUAUGUACCCUGGAAGGCGGGGCUGGUUGCUUUAGGGUACAUUGACACGAUGCUAUCGAAGGGAGCGUACUAUCUUGAAUAUAAGAGUUACGUAUUACGUCUUUUAAGCGGCGCGGUCCAUGAUCUUGGUUGGGAAGUGUCUGCAAAUGAGAGCGUAGUACGAGCUCAACACAGAGCAGACAUGCUUUCUACAGCUUGUCAUCUCCAGCAUGUUGAAUGCCUGGAACAUGCUGUUAGAAUGUACACGAACUGGAUGCUGACUCCCAACCCUGACGCAUAUAACGAGAUACACGCUGACAUAAGAAGCACAGUGUAUUGUGUUGGGGUUCAAGCAGGUGGCGCGAGGGAAUGGGGCUUCGCUUGGGAUCGUUUUAUGGUUGCAAGUGCUCCUUCUGAGAGGGAACUACUACUCUCAGUUUUAGGAUGUACCAGGGCACCAUAUUUGUUAUACAGAUAUCUUGACUUAUCACUUCGAAACGACAGUGGGAUACGUAAACAGGAUACAGUGAGAGUAUUUUCAGCGGUCGCUAGUUCUUCUAUCGGAGAGCCAAUUGCUUUUAACUUUGUUAGAGCUAAUUGGCAAAGAUUAAAAGAAUAUGUCGGAUCCGUCUCUACUCUCAACUCUAUACUCAAAGUUGUCACCAGGAGACUGAAUCAAGUACAUGAAUAUGACGAGUUGAAGAGGUUCGUCGCGACAUAUUGCAGCGAUCUUGGGCGACCAGUGCAGCAAGUACUGGAACGAACUGCGGCCAACGUCCAAUGGAUGGAAAGGAAUUACCAAACGAUCGUCAACUGGCUCUUACAAGCAGACAAAUCUUUACCCCAUAUUACUGAUGCGUGAUUUCGUACUUCCUACUCAUGAUUAAGUUAGAAUAAUACUCAAAUACCGGAUAUUUGCUAAGAAAAUUAUGUUCAUAACAUAUAAUUGUGUAUUUAAAUGUUAACUUUAGUCUGAUUCAGAUUGGUGUAAGAAAUUAAUCUUAAGUCUCACUGUGAAUAAAACUAGUCUAAAGAAUCCGUAUAAUGUUUGAUAAGCUUUUUAUUACCCAUUACAAAUUUUUGAUUGUCUCAUCUUGUGGUUAGCUUAUAAGACUGCAGAGCCCGAGGUCCGAAGUUCAAAUCACGCGUCAGUCCUUUGUGUACACACAUGUACUAUAGAUAUAUCUUACGUGGCUGGCUAGACUCCGGUCGGUCGGUCUCCGUGGCCGAAAUUGGUCAAGAGAUGUCUUUUUAUUUGUGGUUUGUGGUUUGGUGACCAUAAUUAUAAAAUUCACCACUACAAAUAAUAAAACAAAGUCCCCCCGCCGCUUCUGUCUGAACGCGAUUAAGUCAAAUACUACCGAACCAUUUUUCAUGCAGUUUUCACCAAUGGACGGAGUGAUUCAUGAGAAAGGUUUAAGUGUAUAAUAAAAUUCAUUUAAAUUUAGUGUGAACUGGUUGAAAUAUGAUUGUUGAAGAUAUAGGAAAGUUAUGCCAACUGAGAAAUUUUACUGGCAUGUACUGCGUAAACCAAUAGAGUUAAUUGAAUUGCGAUACAAACGUUUUAUUUAAAUAUAUUACCGGUGCGAAGCUGGUAGUUAGUUAAUUAUAAAAACACGCCUGUGUUUAUAAUUAUCGAAAAAAUAAAGCAAAUAUGCUCAAAGGACUACCAUGAGGCAUUAAAAUCCUCUAUCCACUUCUCGGUAAGGUUAAUUGGAUGUUAGCAAAUUAAUCCACUGGCCUGGUGCUAAAAGCGCCAAUGUCAACAAGUACAAUUUUUAAAAAUUUAAUUAAUGUAAAAAAAUAUUUAUAUUGAGUUUUGAAGUUGGAAGGACAUGUUAUAAGGAAAACUGCAUUUGUCGGAUGAAGUUCUGCUGAAUAUUUAUCCACCGCAUCGCAUUGGUGGACUAAGGUCCAAGCUUUUUCCUAAUUGGUGAGAAAGAAGAAAUUGUCGUUGACGCUGUUAAAAUUGAACUUUAAAUAAAAAUAAAUAAGGCUGCGUAAAUAUAUACAUAUUGUAUUUGAAUCCUACCAGUAAGUUUUACGAGAUAUGUAUGUUAUUUCAAUAGUGUCGCUUUUAUUUUUAUUAUCGAUCAGAAAAUACAAAAAUCAUUGUGUGUUAUAAAAUCAUAAUCUGUCCGACAAAUUCGAUUAAUCAAUGUCACGGCGAUUCGUGCUACGACAUUAUAUCCUAAAUUUAAUAUAUAAUUCAACACCUGAAGACUGGUCUGGAUUUCCAUAAUACAUGACUUUAAUUUUUCUUCCACUAUCCUCCGGCCUACGCUGCGAGCGUAUAAUCUGUAUUUUUUUUUAUUAAUUAGGCAGCCAAGGUUAUAUAUUAAGAAAAAAAUUGUAUUUUUUCUUAUAUAAAACAUUGUAACACAUAUAACAGGUAUCAUAAAUAAAAUACAACGCUUAACUCGUUAUCAGUAUUGUAGUUUAAUACAUAGUUUUAAGUAAAUAAUGAUUUAAAAGAAACUAAAGCGGCAUAUCUAUUCACUAAAAUCCGUUCAACUUAUUAACUUUUUUUCAUGAAUGGUUUAUGUUGUAAGCGUUUAGACUCAGUAACACCUGAUUACUUAUAAUAUGGUAUAUGUAAUAGAAUCAGAAACGUAUAUCCGACUAAGGUAGGUAAAAAAGUGGAUGUUAGAUAUAUAUAGAGUUUCUUAUGUUAGUAAAUCAAUAUAAUAUUAAAGCCAGUGCCAGUUAAAGUGCUUCGUUGGUCUAGUGGCUUGAUAGAUGGCCGCAGACACGGAGGUCCUGGGUUCAACUCCCACUUCAAGCCAAUAAAAAGUUAUUGGGUUUUUCUGUCAGAAAAUUCUCAGUAGCAGCCCGGAGUCUAGAAGUUUGAAGUGUGUACACUCCUGUGCCUCAGAAAGUACGUAAAGCCGUUGGUCCUGCGCCUGAAUUCUUUCUGGUCGUGCCGGAUUGCCGUCCCAUCGGAUUAUGAUAGUAAGGGAAUAGAGAGUGCACCUGUGUUUGCGCACACACUUGUGCACUAUAAUAUCUUCUGCGUAGUUGGCUAAUCUCUCUUGAGAUUGGCCGCUGUGACCGAAACCAAUCUGGAGGACAUUAUUAUAAUAUUAAAAGAUUAACGGUUUUUCUGUCGGUGUUAUAUGUACAUAUGUAUAACCUUGAGAGUUGAAAUUUAUUUCAUAUUUUUUUUUAUUAACACUUCAUUUUUUGAAUAUCAAUACAUUCGUAAGAAUUAUCGAGGAAUUCUUCUUAUCAAAAUUAUAAUAUGUUUAUACUCGUAGCCUAAAGCAUUUCGAUUCUGCUUCAACAAGGAUUUUUAAUCAUUUAAUAUAAUUAAAUUUUGCAUAUCACAUAACAACAUAAUUUUUUGUGCAAUAAUCGAGUACCUAUGUAAUGUCAAACGAUUACGUUAUUUAUUUCAAAUAUUAUGCUUAUUCUGUAUAUUGAAGCACCAAUUCUGACAGAUUAAUAGAUAAGAGACCUUACUUACAAAUGUUGUUUCAAGGAUGUGUAGUUAAUCAUAUUUUUCUCUCUUUCUAUCAUCAAUGGUUUGGUAUCUAAAGAAAUAGACAGCAAUGCUAAAUCAACACGCCUUAAACAACAUUUAUAAGUAAAGCAGUAUGUGUA